AUGGAUGUCUGCCGGACAAUUUCUUUAUUGGAAGAUAGGCGCAAAUCUUUAACCGAAGAUUCUGAAAUGGAACUAGCUCUGUCGACUAGAGACAAUGCUCCAAAUGCAAUUCUGUUGUUACCUACAACUAGUGACUGUGAUAUCAAACGCCCCUCAUCUCAAGGGAAGCCAGACGGUUGGAAUCAGUCAGUUAAAUGUUUCAAGAAAGUGUCGGCUGCACAUUUUACCGGAGACGAUCUCAUCAAAGCUGAACAAGUGUACAGGGUAGUGGGGAAGAUUGCUCAAGAGCUAGUCCACUACUCCUUCUCUGAGUACAGUGCCAAUAAUAUAGCUAUACCGUCAUGGGGUAGUCUGACAGAUGACCAAAAGGCAAUAAUGAGCAGCAGUCUUGAAAAGAAUGCAACCCUAAAAAGCAUUGCUCUUCACAGAUCCAACAAUUCUUGA